GAAGAAGAGCAAAGCCCCGCCCCCCAACGGAAAGUCACCUCGUCGUGUCCGUAAGCCGAAGCUACUGACAGCUAGCAAUGUUAUAGAGCUGCCGGGGAAGGUCGACGGCGGGACGGUGUGACUUUCUCUUCAUUUCAUUCAUAUCUGCAUCGUAACCGUAAACAGCCCUAAAGCCGUCGGUUUCGUCCCGCAGCUGUAAAAGCAGACAAAUCAUCGAGCUAGCCUCCAAACAGACAGCUUUAUCUCUGAACUACUGUCGUCAUGGCUGCUCUCAGGGCGUCCUAUCACAGGAUUUUGGAUCGGAUCGAGGUGCUGCUGCCCGCUAAACUGAGACCUCUGUACAACCACCCCGCAGGUCCAAAAACGGUUUUCUUCUGGGCCCCAAUGUUCAAAUGGGGUCUGGUCAUGGCAGGUUUGGCGGACAUGACGCGGCCAGCGGAGAAGCUCAGUCUGUCACAGUCGUGUGUGCUGACAGCCACAGGGCUCAUCUGGUCCAGGUACUCUCUGGUCAUCAUCCCCAAGAACUGGAACCUUUUUGCGGUCAACUUCUUUGUAGGUGGUGCUGGAAGCUCUCAGCUUUACAGGAUCUGGAGGUAUGAACAAGACAAGAAGGCCGAAGCUCAAAAGGCUAUAGAGUCUUGAAGUUGUUCUUUCCUGUUGAUGUGCAGUUCUGCUGCUGACUCAAAGGGAGACUUUCACGUCAUCUCACUAUCAUUACAUUCAUGCCAUAAACGCUUUUCCACCUUAUUAAGCCUGGUGUCCCUGUUGGAAAUAUGCACUUUUUCCCCUCAAAGUUUCAGAUUUCCUCAGGGUGUGUAAACAUUUAUGACAAAUUUUAACUGUAGCCAACACAUACUCAAGGAUGGUCAUCAACGCACAACUACUUCAUCAAGCUCUAUGAUUGUAGUGUUUAAUUUAAGGUCACGUUUAACGUGUGCAUUAGCUUGAGUUUUGUUUUUUCCAUUUAUGUCUUUAGCAAAAAAAAAUGUAGUAAACUUCCACAAAACUUUUUUUAGAUCUGUAAAAACAAAGAAUACAUUUCUGCAGGAUUGUAUUAUUUAUUCUUUAACUCAUCAUUUAGAAUUGGUUUUAAUUGUUAGUUUGAUUUCUUCCAAUUGAACACCACGUGAGAACAAAGAGACGACCCACUUCUGCCUCUACCCAUGUCUAAUCUGUGUUUUUAAACUGUAUAUCAGAUUAAAAAUGCUGUGGUUUAUGUUUGCAGUUUUGGAAUUAAUCCUCUUAGAAAGAUACCACACAGGUGCUGCUCAGUAUACCUGCUGUUAGACUGUUUUUUUGGAGGUGUGAUAUUGUCUGAAGAUGUGUUCCCAAAAGGGGGGAAUCCAUAUAAUUUAGCAAUAACUGUUAACACCUAAUCUGAACAAAAGACACCAUGAAGGUUUGAUCAAUACCUGUAAAUAUAAGGUGUGUUAAUAAAUACUGACACUUACAUGA